AUGAGUUUCUUCCGUGUGGCGCUUGCUUCGAAUUAUGCGCAGCCGCCGCCGCCGCCACCCCCGUCGCCUGUGAGAGGACCGAAUUUGCCGGGAAGCGGCGAUCAGUUAUCGAAACCGGAGACAAAUAAGAACAAAUGUCUGGUUGCUAUUGACGAGCUCAUUGGCAUCCUUACCCACACAUCGAACGCGUUGACCGAUGCACAGCGCAGGGAAGGCACAGCAACGCAACUUCAGGAUGAUAUCGCCGGGACGGUCGACAAAUUAUCCGGAAUAAUCAGCCGAGUGUAUCAGUUCCGUGAGCAGAGGGAAAUGCAGCUGGCCAAUGCCGCUUCUGAUGAUGCUGCUGCUGCACCAGAAAGCCACGGUCAUUGUCUGAGUGCACUCGGUAACCUGAAAGAGCAGAUCCAGGAAGCAUACGGGGAGGUAUACACACGCGCCGAGGACAUCGGCGAUGCAAAACUCAUGUAUUCCUAUGGACGCCUCAUGGGCGCCAUCAACAAAUGGGAACGCAUGGGGAAACCGGGGAGCAGCGCAUAA